AUGUCAGCCUUUCCCCAGGCGAAGAUAUCAAGGACGUUUUUUGAAGAUGACAACCAUGAUUCCGACACCAUAUCAGAGGCUUUGGGGUCUCAAAUCAGUGAUCUUGUCACUAGAAAUGGACGUACUGGCUCAGCAGUUGCUACGGCUCCUGCAGCUGGCCUCGCAGCGCUUCUUAUUCACUGCACCAAGUUGGGACACUACUAUACCAAUGCAUGGAAAGGACCCGAUACUCGCCGAAAAGAGACCAUCACGCAGCAAUUUGUCGAUCAGAUCGCAACUUACGAGGGCAUGCAAAAUGCUCUAGAUAAUCUGAGUUCUGGUAGUCGAAGUGGGACGAAGUAUGCGAACCCAAGCAAGGAUUUUGCAUGUGCGAUUCAGGAUCUGAGGCAAUAUGAUGUACAAGGUGGAGCAGCGAACAACUUGCCUCAGUCUCUAAAACCUAUCGCAACUCUGUGCCGAAACUUAUGCAGGAUAUGA